AUGUCUUUAGUUAUUAAAUCACCUGCAACAAUUGGAUUAUUAAGUGGCUUGGUUUUACCACCACUAGUUACGAAGUUUAUUUUGGAACCAAAGUUCGUACAGAGAAAAUACGAUGAAAUCCGGAAUAUUAAACACAAUAUUGAGUAUUUAGGGUGGCACGUACGCGUAUUGGAAGAAGCAAGUGGAAUUAAUGAAGACAAAUUCUACUCGCCUGUAGGAGUAUUUUCUGAACAGAGGUAUGAUAUGUAA